AUGCGAAAGUUGGAAUGGGACGACAUGGGAGUGAAGGCUGAUGGUCGGCAGCUACAGCUAAGCGGAACGAAUGCUGACCGAAUUCGACGAAACAUGUGGAUGAAUCGGGCUUCAGCUGAAUCAGCAAAAGACGAUGUUCAUGCGCAACGGAUGGGUGUCGGAUGCCCCAUUCACGCUCAACGGAACGAACAUAUCCGAAUGCACCAGCUACGUUUAUCUGGGUCGGAAACUGAACAGGAUGAACGACCUGACCCCCGAGCUGGGCAGAAGGAGACAAGCGGCUUGGGGAGCGUACAAGAGCAUCGAGGAUGUAGUGAAGAAGACCAGAAACACCCGGCUCCGUGCUCACCUCUUCAACACCACCGUACUUCAUGCUUUGACCUAUGCUUCGGAAACCUGGGCAUUUCGCAAGCAGGAAGAAAACGCGGUGAGCGUCAUUGA